UCGUCGUGUUUAACUGGCGUAGCAGAACGUCAUCAAUCUGCGUCAAAUGCUGUGUAGGUGUGCUUGUGCGACUUCAAGUAAGCAAGAUUGUGCUGUAAAUAGAUUAAAAUGCCAAUGAAAGGGAGGUAUCCGAUCAGAAGGACGCUGGAGUAUCUCCAGAAGGGCGACAUCAUCUUCAAAAACAAGGUGAAGAUUAUGACGGUGAACUACAACACACACGGAGAGCUCAGCGAAGGAGCAAGGAAGUUUGUGUUCUUCAACAUGCCCCAAAUUCAGUACAAGAACCCCUGGGUCCAAAUAAUGAUGUUCAAGAACAUGACGCCGUCGCCCUUCCUGAAGUUUUACCUGGAUGAUGGUGAACAAGUUCUGGUGGAUGUGGAGGGAAAGGACCACAAGCGAAUCUCACAACAUGUUAAGAAGAUUUUGGGCAAAUCAGAAGAAGUGCUGCAAGCGGAAGCUCAAGCCAAGAUGCAGGCAUCCAACCCUGCCAACUUCGGCCCAAAGAAGUACUGUCUGAGGGAGUGCAUCUGUGAGGUGGAGGGCCAAGUGCCAUGUCCCAGCACCACGCCGCUGCCAAAGGAGAUGACGGGCAAAUAUCGAGCCAAGAUGGCAGAGUCACAGGAGUGAGAAGCUGAGCUGCAGACUUUUUGUUGCUUCUUUGGACAUUAUUUUGGCUGUUUUUGUCAUGAUGACUGUAUAAAAGGAGUGACUAUUAUCACACUGACUUUUGACAUCCAGACAAUCUCUGUAUAUUGUUAAUAUUCAACUAAAAUCCAUCCAACCCUCAA